AUGUUCUCUCACGCAAGCCUUGAGUCUCUCAAUUCGCAUGAUGGCUUCUGGCAUCGGAACCGGGCUGACUGUAAUCCCAUCGCAGAUAUUGUACACCAAAGGCCCCUUUACAGAAAUGUCGGAAGCAACAGAGUGUUUGCCCAAGCAAGGGCCCUCAUCCAAGAAUGUAUGAAUUCCAAGAACCCUCAUAAACAUUGCCAAUACUCCCGAGAUACCGUCCUUCCCCUGCGAGUUCUCGAUGUUGGCAAGCCAGACGACCGUCAUCCCACAGUAAAACUCGUGGUCAACGAUACAGACACCCGUGCCCAAUACCUCGCCUUAAGUUAUUGCUGGGGAAAGCCACUCGAUUCUGCUGCAAAACCACUUCAUCUGCAGAGAGACAACCUCAAACAACUGGUGGAUGGUAUCAAACUGGAGAGUCUUCAGCAAUCUAUACGGGAUGCUGUCUCUGCUACUCGAAAGCUCGGCUUUCGGUAUCUUUGGGUUGACGCCCUCUGCAUUAUCCAAGACUGCGAUGAAGAUAAACGUACCGAAAUUUCGCGAAUGGCAUCUAUCUACAAAAACGCUUCCGUAACGAUUGCGGCAUCCACGUCAGAAAAUGCAGCCCAUGGGUUUCUUGCCCAUAAAAUACAGUCUUACUGCCCAGACUAUGAGGUUCAUAUGCGCAUGGCAAAUAAAGCUCUGGGUACAGUGUAUCUUUCAGCAGGACCCUAUGAGCCAGAUCAUCCCCUAGACAAGAGAGGAUGGACAUUGCAAGAGUUCAUGCUGUCGUCAAGGAUGUUGAUAUUCUCUGAUUACGAACUUUUAUGGCAAUGCAAAGAAGUGGAUCUUCGGAGCGUUUCUACACGAGGACUCGAGUAUCUACAACCAUUAGAAAGCCUUCCUUGGACAGUUUUUGACAAUGGCGCCGAGCCCUAUUUUGGAAAUCUAGAAUACGAUAAGCUUUACCUUUGGAAGACCAUUGUGCAACAAUACACCGAUCGUCAGCUCACAAACUCAGAGGAUAAGCUUAGAGCAGUCAUGGGCAUAACAUCGGAGCUUGAAACACUAUGGCGCGACACAAGCAUCUAUGGACUCUGGAAAAAAUGGUUUAUCGAUCUUCUGGCAUGGCAUAAACCCGAUAUUGAAAGGGAAGAAAGUCGACAUCUCAAACGAGCACCGAGUUGGUCAUGGGCUUCCUUGGAUGGUGUCAUCCGCUAUGAAGGGUCCGUAUCCACUGAAGAUGCCGUCGUCAAAUUGUUGACUAUCCAAGCUGUGGUAUUGGCAUGUCGUAUGAUGAAAGUAAGUGACGUAGCCUAUGAUAAGAUUGACAAGAUACUGGAGGGUCUAGAUCUUAUUGAUCCUUUUGCUGAACUUCAGCAAAUGGGAUUGGGGAUUGACGAUCUAGAAUACUUAUUACUGGGGACAGUGCAAACAGGUGCAGGCAGUGAGGAAGGCGUCGGGUUGCUUGUGGUUGACGUUGGCGGACGGCUUUAUCGAAGAGUUGGACUGGUUAGGUUUAUGGAUAUGAGGGUAUGGGAAGGCAUAAAUCGCCAAGAGAUUACACUCGAGCCGAGGAUAGACAAGUAA